UCAUCAUUCCUAUACCGUCAGUGUCCAGAUAACAACCUAACUAGCCUUCAAGAGUGAUUGGUAGAGGUAUAAUCAUCGUUAAAGAUGGAUCCUGAAGCUUAGAGAUGGCUAAUCAAGUCACCGUUGAAGAUGUUCCUUAUUUUGACAUAGCUCAUUGUACUUGUUGCCUCUAUGUCCGCGACGACCUGGGCACUGGUGAGUAUAAUGAUCUCCCCUUCUCCCGUAAACACCCUCUGGCCAACUGGUUGUCGUCCAUGUUGGCUAUCUCUGCUAGUGGCUUUCUCACCAACUUCCUCCUGGGUGGGCCCAUCCUUGGUGCCCUCAAGAACAACCAGCUGCUUCUGGCGCUACAGCUGUGGUACGUCAUCUUCUACUCUCCAUUUGACAUCGGCUACAAGAUCGCCAAGUUCCUUCCCAUUAAAGUCCUGCUUGCUGCCAUGAAGGAGGUGUACAGGGUGAAGAAAAUCAACGAUGGUGUGACUCACGCAGCCAAAGUCUUCCCCAACGGCUACCUCAGCAUGAUUCUUAUUGGCACCAUCAAGGGUAAUGGUUCAGGCUUCUUGAAGAUCUUAGAGCGUCUGAUGCGAGGAGUCUGGACCCCUGCGGCUGUGGAGGUCAUGCAGCCUACAUUCCCCACCAAGGCGUCCAUCGCUGCUGCUCUCAUCUUUGUGUUGGACAAGAAGACAGACCUCAUCUCGGCUCCUCACGCCCUUGUUUACUUUGGCAUCUGCAUUUUCUUCGUCUAUUUCAAGGUUCGUAGUCUCUCUCUGGGCAUCCAUGAUCCAUUUUUGCCUUUUGAGACCUGUCUGUAUAUUCCCAUCUGGGACUCCUUGGCUCAAACUCUGGCUGACAGAGGUGGCUGCUGGGGAA